AUGCCUUAAAUCUAAGUAUACGUAUCAAGCAUGAGGUGAUUUGGGAAAGGGCUGAUGGAGAUCCUGGGGCGCUUUAGCCUUUGCAGGUCUCCCUUGGCACAGAUACUUGCCGAGGGCUCUCUGGAGACUCCCGCGCUCUUUAGGUUUCCUUACCACGCAUGCGCCUGACGGUCUCGACCCAUUUCCUCUGCGUUGAGGCUUGCUGCGGGCCCUCCAAACGUGUGCCCGCCUCCCUUCCCCCUCAUCGGGAGACGAACCUGGCGGGUGCCUUGCGCACGCUCAGGAGCCGGCGGACUGAGGCGCCUCCUGGCAACCGGACGCCAGCCUCGGCCUAGGGAGCGAGGCGGCAGCAAUGGACCAGCCAAUCAUGGCCAUCGCCUCCGCCGGAAAACCAAGCCGGAAGUCAUCUUUUGAAAGAGAAGGAUGGUGGAGAAUAGCAUUAACAAACACUCCUAAUCCUGGCACUUACCACUUGAAAACUUUUAUUGAAGAAUCUCUAUUAAAUCCAGUGAUAGCAACGUACAGUUUUAAAAAUGAAGGAAGGAAAAAACCACCUCUUCUGCAAAGAAACGAUCUGGUACUAAAUGACCUUCCCCAGUAUAUGCCUCCUGACUUCUUGGACUUGUUAAAGAAGCAAGUGGCCACCUACUCGUUUAAAGACAAACCACGGUCAAACCCCAGCACGCUGGUUUACAGAGAUCAGUCAGUUCAGCUUUCGCCAGGACAAUACGAGCUACUUCCUGCACCAAUUCCCAAGCAUGCUUCCAGGAGCUUUGUAUUUCGUUCUACAGUUCAAAGGUUUCCAACAGGCUGCUUCACUCCUGGUACACGGAUUCAAGCCCUGGUCCGGGAAGAUCCCACAUGCCGUGGAACAACUAAGCCCGUGAGCCGCAACUACCGAAGCCCGUGCACCUAGAGCCCUUGUUCCGCAACA